CGGAGACGCUGUCGGGCGGGAGGCUCGGUGUCUCGGGUGGCCAAUGGCUCUACCCGGAGCGGCGGCUGCUCGCGGGCCUAGGUUGAGGCUGACGCGGAAAAAGCCCCCCGCGCCUCCUUCCUCCUCGUGCUCCGGGCCUGGCGGCGGCGGGGGGCAGGAGGGCAGAACUUCCAACAAACGCUCUUGGUUGGACCAAGAAGGGUUAAGUGAGUCUGAAGAAUUGUGGAGACUGCUGGUGUUGAGAAGUGUGAACUCCAGUCAGAAUCAGGGCAGCCAGGAAAUGCCAGAUUUACCAGCAUUCUUUGACAAGGUAAAUACCAGGAAUGACGAGAACUCGCAGCAGCCAUCCGUCUUUAAAGUGGGGACAGAAGAGUUUCAGUGGACGCCUUUCCCACCCGCCUUUGCAUCUGUCAGUGGGCAGUUAAGAAAGCCGGACUCUUCUCGUUUCACAAAGGAGAAAAAUCCUCGGGUACUCGAUGAGCAAGGGCAGAAAAUGGGUCCACAGAGUGAGCUUUCCUCCCCAGGCGCCUCUGCUGGGGGCUGUGAGAAGCAGGAGGCCAGGCCGGGCAGCGGCGCCGGGGUGAAAAGGCCCUCGGAUCUGAAAGACGGCAGCGUCAGGGCCUCGAAGGGCAGGCUUCCGGCCCACCCACAGCAGUCCCAGCUCAGGAAAAAACAGAGGCUUUGUGUGGAGGGGGCUGCUGCCUCCUCAGCAUCUCCACGGGGCCUGGGCCACCUCGGACACUCCUCUGGGAAAAAGCCCGGCCGCAGUCUCGACCCAGACGGGGCCAGAGGGGGAACAGAGGCUGCCUCGGCCGGCCCGAGCCAGGGGACCGGAGCCCUCAAUGGCUGUCCCAUGUGCCAGCAGCAGUUUACUGGAAAAUUCUCACAGCUGGAUAUCGAUAGUCAUCUCGCUAAAUGCUUGUCAGAGAGUAUUGAAGAUGUGAUAUGGUGAAGUUGGUAGAAAGAGCCCAUGAGAAAUCCAUUUAUAAAGUAGAAAUGACUGUAAAACAUGACCUUCCCCACAGCUGAGUAUGGUUACAAGAAAUGGCCCCAAGCUCCCCUAUAUAAACAUUCCCUCCCUGGACUGUGAGUACUCUGAAGAUUUUUCCUCAAGACUCACUUCCAAACCCAGAUAUCACCAGAGCAUCCUGGGAAGGCAGGGUCCUAGCUGACUCUGCCUUUUAAAAAAAUAGACAAUAAAGAUUUCAUUUUGAAUAUUGAA